CUCCCGCUAUAUAUAACGCCACUGCCUCGCCGCCGCUGCUACCACCUCUCGCCGUGCGACUGGCUGAGCUACUGGUGGUAGCUGCCAAUGGCGAUGGAUCAUCGUGGUGGUGGUGGUGGUGGUGGGAGGAGCAGCAGCCGGCUGCGGGACAGGCUGGCGAGGAUGUUCCGGCCGGGCGCGCUGCUCCGGUCGACGUGCAACAACCACGCCACCGCGUCGACGUCCUCGUCAUCGUCGUCGGCGGCGGCGGCGGCGGGUGGGGUGGUGACGGCGUCCGCGUGCUCGUCCAGCAGGGCGCUGCUCGCCGCGGACGCGGCGGCGGCGGUCGACUACUGCGGCAGGGAGUCGUUCUUGGCGUCGUCCCGCCGCGACUACAGCGACGCGGCGGCCACCGCGCUCGUCGGCCGCACCGAGUCGUUCUCCACCGCGCUGGACCGCCUCCACCGCCGCGGCGGCGGCACUCCGCUGCCACCGUCGAGGUUCUCCGUCGACGCGUCGCCGAAGAAGGAGGAUGCGGCGGCGGCGGCGGCGGCGGCCAAGGAGAAGGAGAUGACCACCGCUGCUGCUCGCGACGUUCAGGGCUUCCACUACCACCACCACCGCCGCCAUGGCAGCCUCGGCGGCGGCGGCGGCUGCGGGAAGAGUGACAAGGCCAGGAGGCUGCUCUCCAACCCCUACGGCUUCACAACGUCCGACGACGCCGACACCGACGGCGACGACGUCUUCAGCAGCGACGCCGACGACCGCGGCGGCCGCGUCGUUGCCGGCGGCGGCGGCGGCGCCAAGAAGGGGGAAACCGAGGCAUUCUUCUCCUCCUCACGAAGCUUCUCCUCCGACUCCUCCGAGUUCUACACCAAGAAGAAGAAGAGGAACAAGCCCAAGAAGAAGUCCCCCUCCACCGCAUCGUCCAAGGCGGCGCCGCCGCCGCCGCCUCCUCCUCCUCCGACGACGAGGCACCAGAUAAGGCGCAAGCGCCGCGCGGCGAGGGCGAGCAGCUGCGUUGACACGUGCGGCGUCAGGGACGGGUUCCGCCCCGUGGUGUCGGCGGCGGAGGAGCAGGUCCGGCGCGGGUUCGCCGUGGUGAAGCGGUCGCGGGACCCGUACGCCGACUUCCGGUCGUCCAUGGUGGAGAUGGUCGUCGGGCGGCAGCUGUUCGGCGCGGCGGAGCUGGAGCGGCUGCUCCGGUCGUACCUCUCCCUGAACGCGCCGCGCCACCACCCCGUCAUCCUCCAGGCCUUCUCCGACAUCUGGGUCGUCCUCCAUGGCGGCUAGCUACUAGCUAGCUUAUUAGCCUUAAUAAAAAGAGAGAAAAAAAUCACCGUGUUUAAUUAAUUAGCUCAGUCCCAGGAUGAUUAAUCACUGAGAUUAGCCAGAGUACUACUCCAUCUUGCAGUAAUCAUGUGUGUUCAUUACUUAAUCUUUCUCAGAGUUUAAUUAAUCUCCUCUUGUGUUGAUUUAAUUGCCUCUCAUGUAUAAUGGUCGAUCAGUUGGGUUAAUUUGAGCUUAAUUAAUUACA